ACCGUACGUGGGAGGCUGCGUGAUUACGCCAUAGAACGCUGAAAGCCGUGGCUCUCCUGACAGAACGGCGCCGCCCAAACAUGUGAAUUAGUCUGUUUCUGGUUUUCGAAAAUCACAAAGUUUGUUUUAGAUUUGACAUUGUAACUUCAUUGCACAGCACUGCGUAGUUACAGUACAGACAGGGUCCGUAUUUGGACUUUUUUCAUUAUUAGCAAUGGCAUCAAAAGCCCUGUAUUCACAAAGGGACCCAGCUUUAAAGAAGAGGGACGACUUUGAGGAUAUCCUGGACGAGAGGAGGAACUCCAGUGACUUAAGAUAUGCCCUGAGAUGUUACACGCCAGUCCUCUACAAGGGCAUGACUCCAUGCAAAGCGAGCACUCUCAAGACCAUCGUUCUUCAGUCUGAACAAGUCCGCUAUGUUAUUAAUCAGGUGUCGAAGGAGAUGGGGGAGACCCCGGACAUCGUUCAGGAAGAGGCGCUGGCCAUCCUGGAGGAGAUGGCCCAGCGGCUGCAGCUCAGCACGAUCCGCUUCUUCGCCUUCACGCUCAGCAAAGCCUUCAAGGCCCUCUUCCAGAGUGUCCGCGUCAACGAGGAGGGCAUCCAGAGACUGCAGCAGGCCAUUCACGAGCACCCAGUGGUGCUGCUGCCCAGUCACCGUAGUUACAUCGACUUCCUCAUGAUGUCAUACGUCCUCUACACCUAUGACCUGGCCCUGCCGGUCAUCGCUGCAGGAAUGGACUUCCUUGGCAUGAAGUUUGUCGGUGAGAUGCUGCGGAUGUCUGGCGCUUUCUUCAUCCGACGGUCAUUUGGAGGGGACAAACUAUAUUGGGCCGUUUUUUCAGAAUAUGUCAAGACAAUGCUCAGGAAUGGAUAUGCCCCAAUUGAGUUUUUCUUAGAAGGGACGAGAAGUCGUACAUGCAAAUCACUGACCCCUAAAUUGGGCCUGUUGAAUAUCGUAAUGGACCCCUUCUUUAAGGGGGAAGUGUUUGACGUCAGCUUGGUACCGAUUAGCAUCAGCUAUGAGAGGGUUCUGGAGGAGACGCUGUAUGCCCGUGAGCUCCUGGGGGUCCCCAAACCCAAAGAGUCUACCUCGGGACUGCUGAAAGCUCGUCGGAUCCUCAGCGAAGAUUACGGCAGCAUACACGUUUACUUCGGCCAGCCCGUGUCUGUCCGCAGCCUGGCCCAGGGCAGGAUCAACCGGUCCGAGUACAACCUGAUUCCCAGGUACAUUCCCAGGAAGUCGAGCGAGGAGACGCAGAGCUUCGUGAACGACACGGCCUACAUGCUGGUGCGCAGGCAGGAGGAGAACAUGGUGCUGCGGCCCUGGGUCCUGAUCGCCGCCGUGCUCAUGCAGAACCUGGACGGGCUGGACCUGGAGCUGCUCACGAAGCAGACGGUCUGGCUCCGAGGCCUGGCCGGGGCGUUCGGAGCCUUCCUCGACUGGCCUGACCAAACGCCCGCCGAUAAGGUGGUGGCCUCCAGCCUGGCGCUCCACCACGGCCUGGUCCAGGCAACGGGGGGGCGGGUUCGGCUGCUGGAGGGGCCGCAGGACCCGGCAAGCCCAGAAGAGGCGCUGUUUGACCAGGCCGUCGGCGUGCUCUCCUGCGCCUCCUACAGGAACCAGGUCCUGCACGUCUUCCUCAGACCCGCCUUGGUGGCGGUCGCCCUGGAGACUGCUAAUACCUCCAGGAACGAUGAUGUCUAUAGCUCCUUCCUGUACCUCCGGAAUGUUUUUUCAAACGAGUUCAUCCUCUGUCCAGGAGCCUCUGUACAGGACUUUGAGGAGGGCUGCUACCUGCUGUUGAAGUGUGGUGCCAUCCAGAUGCUGCAGCAGGACCUGGUGGUGACGGAAAGAGGCCAGCCCAUCCUGUCCUUCCUCAGCGGCAUGCUGGAGCCCUUCCUCCAGGGGUACCAGGUGGUGUGUCGCUACUUCAGCGAGGAGGCCAGCGAGGGCCUGACGGAGAAACAGUACAUCCCCGCUGUCCGCAGCUUCGCCGUCAAGCGCAUCCUGUCAGAGGGCCUAAAGUGCUACGAAGCUCUUUCUUCUGACCUGCAGAAGAACGCUCUCGCCGCCUUGCUGAGGAUGAGCGCUCUAAGAAAGGUUAAAGCGGCCGAUCAAGUUACUCUCAAAGUGAACACAAUGGCCGUGAAGGCAAUAGAAGACACACUCGGGGGUAAGGUUCCUGCCCAGAAACCUGUCCUUGCCCGGCUGUAGUUGUGUCUGUGCUGGAGUCGACGUGAGCCCUGGAGAAUAAACUAUGCCUUCAUUAUCACAAUGCCAAACUUUGCAAGACUACACAAGGUUACCACAGAGGCUGUUUAUCAUCUUAAUUUCUUUUUAAGAGACUCCUCACUGCCAUCUGGGACGACCCUUCAUGUACAAAAUCUGUUCUAGUUUUUCAUAGGACUAAUACCACUUAAACACAGUAUUAGAGGCCUGCGGUUGACCGUGCAGGUUGCAUGUCUCUCUCAGAUGUAGCGUAACCCUGAUUUUGCCAAGCCUGUUUUAAUAGGAACGACAUUUCACAUUUUUGCCUCUGUAUGUCCUGAUCUGACACAAAACUGAAGUUCACUUUUUGAAUGUUUUGUAAUUGACCAAACAAAAGUAAUGAGGCACAUGCCAUAUUGUUUUAUUACAAUGUGAGAAUGAAGGAAGUUGAUAUGAAAUAGUAUACAUAUAUUCUUUGUUCUCGCAUUGUAUUAUUGUAUUUAUUUUAGAUGUUUUUUGAUCGAGUGCAGUUUGAAAUGCUCCCUUCUUUGCGUCGAGGGAAAGCGUGUGCUUGCUAAUGAACUAACGGGUGAUGUGUUAUGCGUGUGUGAAAUGCGUGUGAAUUCCAGUGCAGCAUAGGCAAAAGACUGAUUGCAUUUAAAAACAAGCCAAAACUUCAGUGAAAACCUUGAGAAAAUGGGAGUCUUUCUGCGGUUAAAGCCAAAGGGGUUACUUGUACGUAAUGAUUCCGUGCUGUACAAUGAACGACGUAACCAAAUGAAAUCCAGGAGAGCCAUUGGGGUUGACAUUGAAGUCUCUUCUCAUGUGUGAACUUCACAGACUAACUGUGGUUCCUCAUGUGCUCUGCUAUAAUGGUCCUCUGUGUGAGGUACCCUCCCCCACAAACGUAAGAUCAAGUGCUUUAGUUAACUGCGAUGAGCGACUCCCUAUUCAACUCAACUCAGCUUCCUGAAACUACAUUUUUAUCGACAGUGUUGGUGUGACAUUCUAAGAAGUGUGUUGCUGUGUUGGAAUUGAUUUAUCACUAAAGUGCAAUUUUAAAAAAAGCAUGGAUAUGGAGGCAUUUGAUACCGCUGAGGCUGGUAGUAAUUCACAUUUUAAGAAGGCAGGCUAGGUUAAGUACACUCCCUUAAUGUCCAGUUUACCCAGUUUAGUUUCAUGAUAUGUGGUGCAGAGUAACACAGUAUUGGAUGUGGUGGUGGUUUUU